UAACUGUAACAGUCCAUGCUUCCACUGAUGCGUUCACAUAGGUUUAUGCUCCUGCAGAGCAUAAGGCGGAUACGGUUCACGACAGUCUGUCGCAGGGCGAGAAGCUGGAGGAGGAGGGUAAGGAUGAGCCUCCGCAAUGGGCAAAGCAGUAGGUGAAGGUUGUGUGCAAUAUCGGUAUUUCAAGGAAUGGAGAACGUUCAAAGGGUCUGUAUACGUGAAGCGUGACGAGCGGUGCCUGCAAUGUGCUUUGUAUUGCAACGUCGAUUACUCUGCAUGGACAUCCAAGUGAAAUGGGCCUCUCACGUAAUAGAACCGUUGCAGGACACCAGCACGCAAAUGUUGCAAAGGAGUCUGCCACACGCGCCAAUAAAUUCACGUACGUCUAGUAGCUUGUUUUACGCCUUGCGUACACCGUGAUUCCACCAACCAAGCCCAGAGACAACAAGAUUGUUAUUAUGAUAACAUCCCUAGUGGAACGAGCUAUCAGAGAUAGGUUCAAGAAGAUGCUAGAAGUCAUAGCAACGCUUGAUACAAUCGUGCCGUUCCCCGCCGCCUUGCAGGAUUCUGGGAAUACUGCGUGGUCGUAUAUUUGCGUGCGAAGCAAAGCAGAGAGCAUGGAACGAAUGCAGAGAGACGACGUGCUCCAUUCUUCACUUUUUGUGGUUGGCAGCAAUAUCGCUGCUUUGCCGGACGUGCUUCGCCGGCAGCUUCUCACACUCCGUCGUAUCAUGCGGGCCUCCACAAUAUGCACAUUCCCUCAAUUGGAAGCCGGGUUUGUUCUCGAUUUUGGGACAGUCAUAUAUCCAAUGAUCAGGGCUAUGGCACGCAGGGCACGGCUUCGGAGGCUUGUGUUCAGUACGAUGGGUACAAUCGCGCGCGGUAUGCCCUCUCUGCCUACAAAUGAUACAAUUCUUGUGGUAGAUGUUCCGCACUUCUAUGGGCGCAGUGCAGUCGACAGUCCAAUGGUCCAUGCUCCCGCAAUGGUGGCACGGCCUCGACGGCUUGAUGAGACCUCUCUCGAGGCAGUCACGCGUGCGAUGAUUACCGUGGCAUGCUCGACAGAUGAGCUCGUGUUUCCGAGGACAAUCUUUGAUGUCGUGUGGGCCUCUGCAAAGAAAGCAAUGAAUUCGUUUCUUUGAGUUGCCAGCUGAGGAUGGCCGCCCCGCUUGGCGGUCAGUGGAACUCGAGGGUGUUUGUGGACCUUUGUCAACAGUCUGCUUUGAAUUGCCAACUGCGGCAACAUCCACUGGCU